GCAGUGGUUGCGUGCGUGGAUAUUUAUGAGUGCGCUGGUACAUGUGGAGAAUCUGAACUCAGUGAAUGGACUUUUGUUACUCUUCACAAAUAGUCUGAUUUCAUCUUUGUGUGCUUGUUUGUGUCUCUACCUCUGCAGACAGAAGGACUUCAGGAUUUUACGCGAAAUUUUUGUCGGUCAAAUUAAGGAUAUGGGCAGUUAUGGAAAUAUUGCGUUUUGCGCGUUGGUACUGUACUACUGCUAUAUUGUAACAGCUCAGGUCCCUUCAUCACCUACAGCUCGCACCUCUGUAAGGAGAGGAGAUGAAGAAUAUUAUGUCAAGAUGACCUCGCCCUUCAUCACAGAUCAGACUGAGUCCAUCACUAACCACACCAACCUUAACAGCACAAAGACCCUUAACAGCAGAAAGACCCUUAACAGCACAGAGACCAUUAACAGCACAAAGACCCUUAACAGCACAGAGACCCUUAACAGCACAAAGACCCUUAACAGCACAGAGACCCUUAACAGCAGAAAGACCCUUAACAGCAGAAAGACCCUUAACAGCACAGAGACCAUAAACAGCACAAAGACCCUUAACAGCACAGAGACCCUUAACAGCACAAAGACCCUUAACAGCACAGAGACCAUUAACAGCACAAAGACCCUUAACAGCACAGAGACACUUAACAGCACAAAGACCCUUAACAGCAGAAAGACCCUUAACAGCACAGAGACCAUUAACAGCACAAGGACCCUUAACAGCACAGAGACCCUUAACAGCACAAAGACCCUUAGGAGCACAGAGACCCUUAACAGCACAAAGACCCUUAACAGCACAGAGACCCUUAACAGCACAAAGACCCUUAACAACACAAAGACCCUUAACAGCACAGAGACCCUUAACAGCACAAAGACCCUUAACAGCACAAAGACCCUUAACAGCACAAAGACCCUUAACAGCACAGACACCCUUAACAGCACAAAGACCCUAAAGAGCACAGAGACCCUUAACAGCACAGCGACCCUUAACAGCACAGCGACCCAUAACAGCACAGAGACCCUUAACAGCACAAAGACCCUUAACAGCACAAAGACCCUUAACAGCACAAAGACCCUUAACAGCACAGAGACCCUUAACAGCACAAAGACCCUUAACAGCACAGAGACCGUUAACAGCACAGAGACCCAUAACAGCACAGAGACCCUUAACAGCACAAAGACCCUUAACAGCACAGAGACCCUUAACAGCACAGAGACCCUUAACAGCACAAAGACCCUUAACAGCACAAAGACCCUUAACAGCACAGAGUUCAGAUCUGACAGAAAUACAACAACAGGUCAAGUGCCUGAACCUCGUAUGAAUGGCUCAUUUGUGCCGAAUGAUAAAAACGAUGGCUCUUCUGGUCCGCUACUGGCUGGAUUGGUAUCUGCAUUUGUCGUCGUCGCUGCUAUUGUGUCCGUCCUCGUAUUCCUAAAAUUCAGAAACAGGAAUAAUGGACCUAGGUUCACCAGACUUCAGGAUUUGCCCAUGGAUGAUAUGUUGGAGGACGCCCCUCUGACCAUGUACAGCUACUGAACAAACAUUCGUUCUCCGGGUCGUCUUCUGAACAACCAGCGCUCUCUGUUUAACACAACAGAGUUUAAUGUGUCAUGUGCUUGAUAAAGGCACAGAAACUCAUAUUGUUACAGGACUAAAUGAACAUUAUACUUCAUCUCUGGCUGAGUGUUGGGUUGUUUUGUGCACUUUAUGUGGGGUUUGGGAAUGGGUGUGUCCAGGUAUCUUUUUCUUCUUGGAAAGGGUUGGGGUGCAGGGUUUUUAAAAAAUUUCACAGAUGUUAUUUUCAGAUCUAGACAUGUUAGGUGUUCUUCAGUCAUGUGUGUGUGUGUGUGUUAUAGUCUUUAAGUAUCAUUGCCUGCUCUGGAAAAGACUCAUCUUCAUUCCUGAUCCAGGUUUUUUGUUAGUUUAAGGUGAAUUUACAGUUUGUUUUAUGCUGUGGAUUAGCACAGAAAGUCAUUACAACUAAUUCAUUCAGGUUUUUUUCAGUAGCAGUCUUUGCACCAAAACUUCAAAUGUAUAUUGUUAAGUAUACACUUAAACAACUUAAGUGUGAAUUGACAGAAAACAGUAUAUAGUAUGUGGAUUGAUGUGUCUUAAACUGAUUUCUGAACAGUUAAAACACAUGCAAGUGUAAAUAUCUCUUUAUAUGUGGACUUCCCACAGUCACAAUAUGCUGAUUCUGAUGCUUCAUGUGUAGAUUAUGCUGUUUAAUGUUAUUUAAAUAUUUUAAGAUUAACACAGACAUUGAUUAAUGCAGUUUUAAGCCAUGCAUAACUUUAAUGCUUUUUGUUGCAAAAGCUUUAUUAAGAUUAGGAAACGAUAUUGUUGUUGUUGCACCCUCAACCUUUAUUAUUUAAAUACAGUCAAUACAGUAUCUGAUUUGUUGGCUGAUUUGUGGUACUGAUCUCUUUGAAUAAUACUUAUGACAGUUUUCUUACACUUUUUUAAUAAUAAAGUUUUAAAAUACCUUA